AUGUACAAACACGUUCAUUCUCCUAUCACAUUAACAACCCACUAUUUCUGCUCCAUCAUCCACUUUCUCACCAAUACACUUCUCUUCAAUCUCCACCUGUUAUUAUUAUUAUUAUUACUCCUAUUAUCAUUACUAAGAUUUAUUCUCAUGCAAACACAUUUAAUUAUCUCAUCAACCUCAUGCAUUUUACUUUGUCAUCUCCUUCUUAGUCCUCCUCUUUUUCUUCCUAUUGUUGUUAUUAUUAUCAGCAUAAUUAUUUGGAUCAUUAUCAAUUAUCCUCAUGCCAAACGCAUUCGCCAAUCAGAUCAUCACUCUCAUUCAUCUUCUUCUUCCCCCUCCUUCUCCCCAUCAACAUUGCCAUUCUGCACCAGCCAAUGUAUCAAUCUGGCUUUAUUUCACAUUUACAUUAGCCACUUACCACCUUACCAAGAAGAGAAGCUGUUCACUGUUCAAUACUUUAUUUCUCACGAUGAUAUUUACUUGUCUUACACUUUUGUCUUAGUACCAAUCAUUUGUUUUAUUUUAUUGACUUUGGUAAGGAAUAUUUGUAAUUUAUCACUUGUUAUGCCUUUUAUAUCAUUUUCUUUUUAUAUCAUCCUUGUUUCACAUCAAAGUUUUUUCCAUGCUUAUAAGUAUCUCUCAUUAAUAUUAAUUUGUCUUUACCGUCUUCUGCUUCUUUCUGUUUACGAUCCUUUACUUACUAUUCAGUGUUCAUUUCUAUGUUCUGUACUAUCAACUAUUUCAAGUUAUUACCUCUUCUUUACGGUAUCGCUUAUGCUUCACCUAAUGUCAAUACCACUCAUUAUUAUUAAUUUGUCGUUACUGCCUUCUACUUCUCUUCUGUUUGCCUUCUUUUAUUUACUUCUCAAUGCUUAUCUCUGCUUUGCACUGUCAGGCCUUUCACGUUUUACAUCUUUUUUUUACGGUAUCAUUUAUGUUUCACUUAAUUCUCAGUUGGCUAAUUUAUCUACUUCCUACUAUGUUUUCUUCAUCUUCCAUCUAUCCAUCCAUCCAUCUAUUCAGAUGGAUGUUUCCGAAUCCAGCAUCAUGCCUCGUGGCCACUACUCAUUCCCUUGCAUUUCAUCAAUUCAUCUGUCAUCCAUUGAUUCAUCCCUCUCAAUCCCUUUGAAGAGCCAGUAUUUGUUCAAAAAGUUUGAAUAA